AAGGAAAUCGGCUCCCCCAACUAGGCAAGGCGGUUCCAGCGAGGUACCGUCACUCUGUACAACUUGCUGCCAUCCUGCCAGUGCAACCUGCCAUCCUCAUCUCGCUGUCUUCAUCUCCCCGGCCUCCCUAAUCCCCAUCCUCUCCAGGUACACUUGUCCUUUCGUUUCCCCCCUUUUUCAUCCUUCCCUUCCUCCGCUUAUCCGCGCGCUGGUCUCAGCCAGAUCCCCUUCCACUCUCUGCCUCGGCCUGCCACUUGGUCUUUUGUUACCUCAGGAUGAUGGAGGAGUGUUUGUCGCUGGCCUCCUGAACGACCGGCUCCCAAUGGGUUCCUACGCCAGCUUUCUCUUCGUCUACGUCCUCGGCGGACUCACCUUCAUCCCGCUAGUCCUGUCGCUGGUCCUCCUCUUCGCCUAUCUCACCCUUCCGUCCCUUCCCCCACCCUCCGAGAAAUCAAGCAACUCCACGCACGGUGGCCUCCAACGUCCGACCGACGAUCAAUAUAGCCUGAAAUCCGGCACCGAUGAGUUGGCCGAGAAAUUCCAUCGCACCCACGACUCCGAUGUCGCCGCUGGCUAUUUCGCCGUCUGUCGUGAAUACGUCCCAGGUGGUGUCAAUGGGCGGCCGCCCGAGAGAACCACUCCGGCGGGUGAGGUGAUCGCCGCCGAGAGCCCGAGCGUCUAUCAGGCUAUGUAUAGAAGCCUCUUUGACCGCAAGCAGGCACCUACCAUCGAGCCAGCCAAAAACAACCCAAAGAACGGAAAGCGAGGGCGCAACGUGUUCUACAUUGUUCUUCGACAUGGUCAUUUGAUGCUCUAUGACAACGCGAACCAGGUGGAAGUCCGAUAUGUCAUCUCACUGGCCCACCACGAUGUUAGUAUACACGGCGGAGAGGGACAGAUCCCGGAAGGGGAGUUGUGGUUAAAGAGAAACGCCAUCUGCCUCUCGCGACGGUUGGAGUCGCUGGGCGACCUGGGAGGACCUACGCCGCCCUUCUUCCUCUUCUCAGAAAACUUAUCCGACAAGGAGGACUUUUAUUUUGCCAUGCUCCAGAACCAGUCCAGGAUGUGGAGUUCUCCAGAUGGCCCUCCCAAGCACCAGGCGUUCGAUGUGAAACACAUAGUUACUCUAGUCCAGCGAUUGCAUUCUUCCGAGGAGCAAUUGCAGACGCGAUGGAUCAACGCGGUGUUGGGCAGGCUGUUUCUUGCCACGUACAGAACCCCAGAGAUGGAGGAAUUCAUUCGCAAAAAGGUCACCAAGAAGAUCUCUCGCGUCAACAAGCCGAACUUCAUCAGCAAGAUUGGUCUCCAGAAAAUCGACAUGGGGGAAGGGGCGCCCUUCAUCAUCAACCCCAGACUUAAAGAUCUGACAGUCGACGGGAACUGUUGCGUCGAGACGGAUGUUCAGUACACUGGCAACUUCCGCCUGGAGAUUUCGGCAACCGUGCGCAUCGACUUGGGGCCUCGUUUCAAGGCCAGGGAAGUUGACAUUGUUCUGGCUGUGGUGUUGAAGAAGCUCGAAGGCCAUUUGCUGAUCUGGUUUAAGCCUCCUCCGAGUAACCGAAUCUGGAUUUCCUUUGAAACCAUGCCGAACAUGGUUAUGGAUAUUGAACCGAUCGUUAGCUCGAAACAGAUUACUUACGGGAUCAUCUUACGUACGAUUGAGAGUAGGAUCCGGGAAGUGCUCGCGGAGAGCGUUGUUCAACCGUUUUGGGACGACAUCCCCUUUUUGGACACUGAAUCGCAAAAAUUCCGAGGAGGCAUCUGGGAGCGAGAGAUACCGAAGCCCGAUACAAAAACGGACAUUCCCGACGAGUCGGGUGCUCAGAUUCAGACAUCAGGAACUCCCAAAGAGGAGUCAAUUGAAGUGCUGAAGAUGAAGGAUGAGCGCACCAUGAGUGCACCUGUGCUGGCCGAGACUGUGAAUGGCACUUUGAAAGCCCGCAAGAACUCCAAGGCCUCUAUUGGGGACUCGGAGAACACUAAUCCAAGCGCUUUAUCUUCUGCUGUUGAGAAGUUAGGCAGCUCGCCCCCACGGGUCAUUAGAUCUCAGACCUUCUCCCAUGCGGCCGACCCUGUCCUGACAGCCGACCACGUAAAAAUGGACAAAGCCUUGUCUGAAGCCAAGGGCGAGGAAAAGAGCUAUGCAACAAGCGCCAUGAUCGAGAUAUCGAACCGUUCUCCACCCGGUUCGCCGGACAAGACCCCCGAAAACUCCCCGCCAACUGCUAGUCACAUGGUCCCGGACAAUAUACCGCAGAGUCGGGAUCCUUCCAUUGUCGAAUCCACCGGGAGCUUCGAGGAGUCGAUUAGUGACUUGCCUACCCGGCCACCUUCUAUUCAUCAUGGAAACGACUCGUCUAGCAACCUGCGAGGCAUGGAGAACGGUUCCAGUGCGUCUUUGAAUAGCAACAAAUCGCGACGGCGCAGCACGCUGGAAACUUUGACCCGAUCUAUGACAUCUUCAACCACCGCAGAGAAUAAAUCGCCCGGCCCACUCCUGAAUACGGCAACUUCCGUGGCCAAAAAGUGGGGGUGGAAUAUGUUCGGCAGAGGCGAGUCUAGCUCCGCUCAAGAUGCGUCUCGUCCUGCAGGCACCCCGGACCAGCCGAUAGGACGUGGGCACCCUCUCCCACCCCCAGGGACCCCGUUACCGCGUCCCGACAAGGUUGGCUACAAGAGGAGCACCGUAGCAGUCCCGAAGCGAAAACCCGUGGGAAUCCCAAACUUUCCAGAGCCGAAAUCUGACAGGGAGAAUAAGAGGCCUGUUCCCAAGCCACCUCUACCCAAACGAAAGCCAAUCUAUCACCCAGAAGAGGGGGGCAAUCGGUCUGAAGAGUUGCUCGUGGUUGAAGCCCCAUACGAUUCGGGGCCUAACAGCCCGGUCGUGGACAUAACCCCCGAUGCAGGACUAGCGGCAGAGUCAAACACCAAGGGCAACUCACCACUGUCAGCAAGACCAGGCGAGUCCGCUGCCGGCCAAAGUCGCGGGAAUGAGCAAAGAGAGCAUGAAACCACCGAGCAAGACCCCCAGACUCAAGGUCCGAGGACUAGACUCGAUACCGAAAAACACGGCAUGGAGAUCUUGUCAGCCACGGACGGAAUUAUUCCGUGAUGAAGGAAAUCUGCAUGCAGCGGAGCGAUGUAUGAAGGAUAGAACGUAUGAUGUCGCAUUUACCCUUGACAAUGCAUAAAGGAAGCUCUGCAGCGCAGAGCGCUCUCCACUGGAGCGGGCGUUUUGAUUAGGACAGAAAGGCGUGAGACGAGACUGGUACCGUGGUACUGGGCGACUGCUAUUCCUUGGCUUCUGACCCAUGGUAUACCCUCUCAGCUGGUUCUUGAGCGUGCUUGACAGUGUCCGGCGUCGAUAGCGAUAUGGGGGUCACCCUCGCCUCUCUAGUCGUAUGGUUUAUUUGGUUUGCUCACUAGGUAGUCGGAAGGUUCUUUGACUG